AACACGAGCGCGCAAACGCCCGACUGCAAGGCACCGACGGGACGGAUGGGCCUUUUCCGGUCCUCCUUCAGAGACAGCGGCAGUGACAGCAAGAGCAGCACCACGCGCGCCGGGCCGGCGACGAUAGGCCAAGUUACUCCCGCCACGUCGGGGCCGGCGACUCCCUCCACCAGCUCGGCAGACUCGGUCGUCGACAACGAGGCGGCGAGCCUGCACCAAAAGUCGAUGGCGGCCGUCGAUUCCGAGAUCCUCAGUUCUAGUAGUGCGAGGCUGCGCGCGGAGUGCGCGGCGCUCGGGUGGGAGGCGGGAGCGCUCGAGGUGCCCGCCGCCGGCCGCACACCCUUUGCCGACUUCCGGCAGCACGCGAAGCUCGCGUCGGGCGAGUUUUGCGACGUGAGCGCCGCGGUCUUUCGGGGGUCGGACGGCCUCACCUUCAGGGUGGGAGUCAAGGUGCUCAAGGCGGGGCGACAGGUGACCGAGAUCGCCGUCUCGGACCUGCGGCGGGAGGCCGCCGUCCUCGCCCGGCUGCGCCACCCGCACGUCGUCUGCCUGGUCGCCUUUGGAGAGCACCCGAACGGGAUGCCCUUCUACGCGAUGGAGCUCUUCGAGGCGACGCUCAGCGCGGUGCUGCCGCGCAAGCCCAAGGAGGCCAAGGCGGGGUACCGCAUCCUGCACCGCGACAUCAAGCCGGGCAACAUCGGGCUCGCUGCCGGCGGGCGCGUCGUCCUCGCCGACUUCGGGCUGCUCAAGCUGUGGAAGAGGGGCGGCGAGGCAGAGGACACGCCGCGCGCACUCACCGGCAUGACGGGCGCGCUGAGGUACAUGGCGCCGGAGGCGGAGGUGUUCUCCUUCACCUCGCUGCUCUACCAGCUGCUCGCGCACCAGAAGCCCUUCGCGUGGAUGAACGCCGAGCAGUUCCUCGCCGAG